AUGGUUGCUCCCACCCUUCUUGACUGCUGGCAUGUGCGCGAUCUCCAAAGAUUUCGCGCCGUACUCAAAGGCAGCCCGCUGGACAAGAACAAUGCCAACCAGGUCAGCGCCAAUGGCGCCGGAAGUGCCGCCUUCUCCAAAUCGCCGCACAGCUACAAGGAGAACGCAGGGCCAUGUCCGCCUGCUGAAGUCAACCGACGUGACCACCUAGGCCGUACCGUGCUGCAUCAUAUCGCAUCGAGUACAGAACCUUGGAGCGUCAGUUAUCUCAACAGCAUCCUGGCGCAUCCAAGCGUCAACAUCAACUUGCAAGAUGGAGAGAGUGGAUAUACACCCUUACAUCGAGCCCUGUACGUCGCCAACCUGCGGACUGCCAUCAUCUUGCUGCGUCGCCAUGACCUCGACCUCCGAGUCAAAGAUUUUGAGGGUCUCACCGCUUUCGAUCUCUACAACUCGACUGUCAAUGGCACAAAUCCACCCGCAGAUGCUUUGUCAUUCGACCCUUCCCGCCAGCACCAUUCUCGCACCUUGACGCAGCUGUUCACAUGGGGAUCCAAUCGCAACUACAACCUCGGUCUGGGCGACGGAGACGAUCGAGCCUUACCAGACAAGAUCUCGCUCCGCACAACAGCCACCAACACUCAGUCUACCGAAGAUGCAUUCAGGGCCUCACUACCCGCAGGAAAGAAGUUCGACCGCAUCGGGAUCAGAGACGUUGCCAUGAGCCGCCUCCAUACGGUCAUCUUGACGGACGAAAAGGUCUCCAAUGUGUGGGUCUGCGGUCUAGGCAGUAACGGGCGCCUCGGUAGAUCGCCACAGACACAAACAUCCUUCGAACCGCUCAAGGACUUCCACGAGACAGCUCACUCCGUUGCCGUCGCUCAGGAUCAUACCCUCAUCAUCACAUCCACGGGUGCAGUCUAUUCGUUCGGCCUCAAUCGAUUCGCUCAGCUAGGCUACACAAUAGAACAGGGUCUCGGUACAGUGGGCUCAACUACAGGCAAGCUCGGCGGUGCCGGUGUCACAUUCGGUCAGCCUGCCGCAUCAGCCCAAAACGUCGAGCUAGACAUCCAGAUCUCGCCACGCCGCAUCGCAGGCUCACUCAAGAAGGAAGAGGUGCUAGGUGCUGCCUGCAGCAAGCUUCAUUCGGCAGUUUUCACGUCAGAAGGCUUGUACACGUGGGGAACUAACACCGGUCAGCUCGGCUACGACAGAAGCGGGACAGCGGUCCAAGUGCAGCCACGCAAGGUCACAGCGCUUGCGGCAGGGGCGGGCAUUCAGCAGAUCGCGGCGUCUGAUUUCGGCACGGCCUGCUUGAUGGAAGGCGGCGACGUCUUUGUUUGGCACAACGACACCCACUUCCGCAUCAACUUUCCCUUGGCUCGCUUCUCCAGCAGCAUCUCCGUCUUCAGGCCGAGGCAGGUGCAGCCAAAGACGCUCAUCUCCAAGCUGUCCAGCAGCGGCAACACCUUCUCUGCCCUCAGCGACAUGGGCGACCUCUUUACGUUCAACCUCGAGCAUCCCUCCGAAUACGGCCAUGCCGGCACGUCCGGCAGAGCCGCUGUGUCAUCUGCGUCUGCGACCAAGUCAUCCGCAGCACAGUCAGCGCCCAAGCCGCAGCUUCUCUGGUCCGUCCGAAAGAAGUUUACCGCCGUGCGAGACGUGGCCAUCGGCGCCGACGGGUCCGUCAUUCUCUGCACUGAGAGCGGACACUGCUUCGUUCGUCCACGCAGGAGUGACGCAGGCGGCAAGGGAGGAGGAGGCAAGAACUUCAAGUUUCAGCAGAUCCCCUACCUCCAACGCGUGGUCAAGGUCGCCACAAGCGAGAGCGGUGCCCUCGCUGCCAUCAAGGCAGAUCCAAGCUUGCCUGACGUCCGCGUCAAGGGCAGAUCCGUCGAGGAGGCGCUCCGUGACCUGCUGCCGCAUCUCAAGGUGCAGACCCUCAGCGAGGAUGGGCAAAAGCAGAUGGGAAUCGCUUCCAAGGUCGUCGAGAUCUCGGAUGUUCGCAGCGAGAUGGGAUCCGACAGCGAGUCAGACGACGAGCGCGCAGACGCACCUGCUGCCAGGUCUGACACAGGAAAGUACGUCAGGAUGGCGCUGCUCAUCGUGGAGGCUGCAAAGCGUUGGGUCGCUGGUCGAAUGCAGUCAGAGCUGAGCUCGGGUGAAGCUGGCGUCACCGGGGAUGCUUCAGCUGCCCAAGCACAGCCUUCAUCCAAUACAGGGCGGAGGCAGGCCUUUUACGGGCCUCACAAUCUCAAGCCACCAUUCGGCUGCGACGCUUUUCUGAUCGCCGAUGGGCACUAUCUGCCCGUACACAAGAUUGUGCUCGGUGCUCGGAUACCCCUGUUGCAAAACGCUCUGCAGGAUUCUGCUGAUAAACAGAACUUGCCCUCAGGUGUCAAGAUCUCCACAGCUGGCACGGACAAGCGAGUCUCCAUCCUGACGCUGUCGAAUUGCAGCUUCGUAUCUGCUCUCUUCCUGCUGCACUAUAUCUACUCGGACGAUCUGCCGCCCAUCUGGGUUGCAAGUGUUGGUCUCAUUAUCGACAAGGAGCUCAAAGCCGCCAAGAUCGACCGAGUACGGAUUCAAGAUGAGCUGCGCGUCGUUGCAGACCAUCUGGGACUUUCUGCCCUGGCCACCAGCGUAAAAGCGAGCAUGCCACGUCCGCCUGAGCCGACAUUGCGAGCAAACAUGGCCAUCCUGUUCAGCUCGCACGUCGAUGUGGACAUCGAGAACAUGUCGGACAGCAAGCGCUUCAAUGAUGUCGUGCUCCGGUUCCAGGAUCGCACAGUGCCCGGCCACUCUGUCAUCCUCCGCAGAUCGCCCUUCUUCGCCGCUCUGUUCCAGCCACACUGGACAGCAGCCCGUUGGGACAACGACAACGUCAUCACCCUCAACAUGACCCAUCUGCGCUGGGAAGUGGCUCGCAUCGUGCUCAUGCAUCUCUACACUGACAAUGGCGAGACUCUCUUCACCGGAUGCGAUGUCGACCGAUCUUUGGAGCAGUACAUGGACUUUUUGGUCGAAGUGAUGGCCGCUGCAAACGAGCUGCUGCUUGACAAGCUCAAGCUCGUAGCUAGCUCUUUGCUGCGAAAGCGCGUUCUUGCCCACACGGUUGGCGCCGUGAUGACCGAAGCCGACUUUUACAAAGCUGGUCAACUCAAGGACAUUACGAUGGACUAUUGCACCAAGAGCAUGGAAGCGUUGCUCGAGGGCGGUCGACUGAACGAGCUGGAUCAAGGCAUGAUCCGCGCACUGACGGUUUACGUUCGGCAGAAGCAGGACGACAAGUUGCAUCGUACCUUUGCAGAGGAUCGCCUGGCUGCUCUUGUCGAGAAGCAUCGAGAGUUCUUCGAUGAUCUGGAUGUUCCACCGCCUAGCUUGCAUCUCGUUGUCAACAAGGUUCGGCCCAAGAAGGGAUCAAGACCAGCUGGCAUCAAGUCGCCUCCUCUUCUGGCUCAAGGCUCUUACCGACGCCAAUCUAGCGCUCGACUUGGUGUGUCAUCUCCUACCAGUCCUGAUGCAUUGCGACCCAUAGGUGCUGGCGUCUCGCAGCGAGCGAUAGCCGACGACACUUCAGAAGUCUUCUCGAUGGACGACGAAGAUCUCGCGACGCCAAGGAAGGAAGCAAACGUUCGCACGCAGGGCUCGCCGUGGGCUGUGCUGCCUCAGGUCGCUCAUCUCAGCCUUGACGAUGCCGGAGACAAGAGCUCACCAUCAAGACCCUGGAAGUCGCGCACCGUUGAGGCCGAAAGGAAGCUAGCGGUGGUAGACGCACCGGCUUCGCCAGCGUUCCGGCCGGCAGACACCCCCAAUGAUCUUCGCAGCAUCAUGGCUAAGGAGCAGCAGCGCCAGCAGCAGCAAUCAGCAGCGUUUCUGGCCUCUUCUGCGACAACGCCGAGCGGCUCAGGAACAUCGACGCCCAUUCCCAAGUCAGUUGUGCCGGCCUUCGAGCUCUCGCCCGCGCCGCUCGCCAAUACACGCUUGUCGCAGAAAGAACGGAAGAGGCAGCAGCAGGAAGCUGGUCUCGCAGCUGCUGCGGCAGCGGCUCAGCCAACUCCUGUACGCAGCAGUGGAAGUGUCUCGUCGCCUUGGAAGAUGUCCGCGCCAGGCUCCUCUCCAUCCGACAAGGCUGCCGCAGGCUCACCAUGGAGCAUGAAAGCCGCAGGUAGUACAGCAAUGGCACUCGGCGCAUCUCACGAGGGCACGCCGCCUCUGUCGACCACGCCGAAUGGCCGACGUCCUUCAGCAGCACCCCUGCAGUGUGGCUCGAGUGGACAGGGUCCUCGGCCUUCCAUCUCGGACGCUAGUCCUUCGCCUGCGAACAGCAUGGGUCCGACGUUCACCCCGACGCGCAUGGGAUCCAAGACGAUGCCCAAGCGAAUGAGCAGCAACGAGCCAGCCUGGGCUAUGCCGGCUGUCGCUCCUUCGCUCGGCAGCUUCGGUACUUCGCCGACGCCGCGUGUCACCCGACCCGAAGCUCAGCGAGCGCCGUCAUCGAACCUGUCACGCUCUCUGUUGAGCGCUGACAUCAAGACGCCAGCACCGCCGUCUUCGAGUGCAUCUCGCAACGACCCGCCGAUCACGCCUUCUUCGUCAGCAGGCCUGACGUUUGCUCAGAUCCAAGAACAGCAGCGGCUGGCGAUCGAAGCAGAGCAAGAGACGAUCCGCCAAGCAGCUGCUGCGAGACGAAGCUUCCUUGACAUCCAAGAGGAGGAGCGUCUGGCCGACGAGCGUCGCAGGGAAGAGCAGAAGCAGGCGGAGGAGUUCGAGAGAUGGUUCGCGGAAGAGUCGAAGCGCUUACAAAAGGAGCAGAAGGCAAACAAGGGCGCUGCAGGUGGCGUCAAAGGAAAGAGUCAGAAGAAGGCGGGCAAACUGGCAGCGCAGCAGCAACAGUCGAAGGCCGGCCAGGACGCGGCUGCUUCCGGGUCGGCGAACGGAAGCGGGCCGAAGCCGAAGGGCAGCAAGCCGCAUGAAGGAGGCAAGAAGGGUGGUGCAAACAAGCCCGCCAACAAGCAAGCAAAUGGUGCACCAGCGAAUGCAGAUGGCACGCCGAAUAAGAAUGGCAAGAAGCAACGUGCCGAUGCAGCGGAAGGCGGCAACAAGCCUUCGCCUCAAGGCAAGGAGAAUGGCGGCAGCAAAGCUAGCGGCGCUGAUGGUACAAAGCCCAACACUCCUUCCACGCCGCACGGCUUGCCGACUAAGCCAGCAGCAUCUUCAGCUUUCAACCCGAACCUCUCGGCUGCUGCACCAACGUUCACCCCGCGACAACCCUAA